ACCCUUUCCAUCGUUCAUUAUAAAUAAUUGUUGCACUUUGUUUCUGAUAGCAAACACAACACCACUAUUACAACUAUAAUUAUAACGGCUCAAUAGAUAGCACACACACCAAGCUGUACUCAACUAAAACCACACCACUUCCAUUUUUCUCUUAUCUCUUCUAUAACUAUGGCUCAUCUGAGCCACAAGACCUUGGUUUCACUUAUGUCUGAACAUGAAGCUGAGGAAGGCCAAUCCAAUAUUCUUGGUUCCUUUUCUUCUUGGCCUCAUCGUUUGGAGAAAGCUUUCCCCGUUUAUGCCAUGGGAAUUCCCAACCCUGCGUUGGAUUCUUCACUUCACAAUUCGGAAUGUCUUGAUCCUAUCUGGGACGCUAUCAGAAAAGAAGCUAAGUUAGAGGCAGAAAAGGAGCCAAUUUUAAGUAGCUUCUUCUAUUCCUCUAUUCUGUCUCAUAAUUGCUUGGAGAAAGCAUUGGCUUUUGCUCUUGCUAACCGUCUCCAAAAGCCUACUCUUUUGGCAACUCAGUUGAUGGAUACAUUUUUUAAUGUCAUGAAGCAAGAUAAAGGUAUCCAGCAAUCGAUUCGAUUGGAUAUCCAGGCAUUUAAAGAUCGGGAUCCUGCAUGUUUGUCAUAUUGCUCAGCACUUUUAUAUAUGAAGGGUUUCCAGUCUUUGCAAGUAUAUCGAGUAGCCCAUGCUUUGUGGGGCCAGGGACGUAAAAUUUUGGCCUUAGCUUUGCAAAGUCGAAUUAGUGAGGUUUUUGGAGUUGAUAUACAUCCCGCUGCGAAAAUUGGGGAUGGAAUUUUAGUAGAUCAUGGGACAGGUGUUGUUAUUGGUGAAACUGCUACUAUUGGAAACAGGGUUUCAUUGAUGCAAGGUGUAACCUUGGGUGGCACAGGAAAGGAAACAGGUAAUCGGCAUCCCAAAGUUGCUGAAGGUGUGCUAAUUGGAGCUCAUGCAUCUAUACUUGGGAAUAUAAGAAUUGGCGAAUGUGUGAUGAUAGCUGCUGGCUCCCUUGUGUUACAAGAGGUCUCUCCUCACAGCAUUGUGGCUGGUGUACCAGCAAAGGUUAUUGGAAGAGUACAUGACCACUAUCCAUCCUUAACCAUGCAGCAAGAUGAAACCACAGAAAAUGACUACAUAAAUUGAGGUUCUGAAAAAGGAAAAAUAAAAAUAGAGACAAGUGAAGAGAAGUGCAAAUAGCAAUUCAUAUUAGUUGAGUAAACACGUGUCGCUGCGUCCAUCUCAGAUUGGUGUACUUGAGAUUUUUUACUGAAAAUCUCAAGCUUCAAUAAGUGCUUCGUACACUUAAUAAUUUUGGAGCACAACUCAAAGUCAUGGAAGUCUCAAACAUACUCAACCUUUCCAUUCUUGAAGGAUACAUCACCCUCUUAAUAAGUUUCAGUGAAGAAAGUGUUUGAAGUUUGAACUCUCAAACUCAAAUAGUAGAAAUUUGGAGUCUAGUAGUAUAAAUAAGUAGGCUCACUUUUUCUCAAAACCAGAGAAUAAUUGAUUAGAAUGAUCGAAUGAUGAAGCUCAACAGAUCCUAUGUAGAUGUUUCAUCAGUUGAAAUAUAUCUGCCAAGUAUACGUAUUAAAUGAAAAACCAGAAUAAUUGAUAGAA